CUGCUCUGGCUGGGGCGGAGGGCAGCUACUGCCCGCCUGCACUUUCUGGAACGUCUAAGAUGGUGCGAGAACAGUACAUUACAGCCACGGAAGGCACCCACAUAGAGAGGCCAGAGAACCAGUGUGUCUACAAAGUUGGCAUUUAUGGCUGGAGGAAACGUUGCCUCUACUUAUUUGUUCUCCUUUUGCUCAUCAUCCUCCUUGUGAAUCUUGCUCUUACAAUUUGGAUUCUUAAAGUGAUGUGGUUUUCCCCAACAGGAAUGGGUCACUUGCGUGUUACCAGAGAUGGUCUUCGCCUAGAAGGGGAGUCAGAAUUUUUAUUCCCAUUGUACGCCAAAGAAAUACACUCCAGAGUGGACUCCUCCCUGCUUCUGCAGUCAACUCAGAACGUGACCGUCAACGCACGCAACUCUGCAGGGGAGGUCACGGGCAGGUUAAAAGUGGGGCCUGAAGGCGCUCUUUUUGAACAUUCAGUGGAGACCCCACUCGUAAGAGCCGACCCAUUUCAGGACCUGAGAUUAGAGUCUCCCACACGGAGUCUAAGCAUGGAUGCCCCAAAGGGUGUUCAUAUUAAAGCUCAUGCUGGGAAAAUCGAGGCCCUUUCUCAAAUGGAUAUCGUUUUUCAAAGUAGUGAUGGAAUGGUUGUGCUCGAUGCUGAAACCGUGUGUUUACCCAAGUUGGUUCAGGGAACUCAGGGCUCUCCCGGCAGCUCACAAGAACUCUAUGAAAUUUGUGCGUGUCCAGAUGGGAAGCUCUACCUGUCAGUGGCUGGCAUGGGUACCACGUGCCAUGAAAACAGUCACGUCUGUCCCUAAACCACCUGCAUCUUCCACAGAGCACCUGCGUUGUGUCAGUGAGCUUUACAGUUCCCACCUCAAGCCUUCACGCUAAGUGACUUGACAUCCUAUAAAACCAAGAUGGCGAAUGGGAAGUUGGAGGACAGAAAGUGUGCCGAUGAACGUGUUGUGAUGAAACUACGUGGCCUCAGAAUACUGUGUACCUAUUAGACACGGAAGUCUAGCAAGAGCACAAAAAAGAAACGUGAUUAUUCCACUACAUUUAUUUUCAUCAGAACACUUGUGACUUUCCUUUCAUGUAGAUAGUCUACAAUGAAAUAUUGAAUUGCUGUGUGGAAUUAAUUUAUGCUGUUCAGUGGUGAAUAUCUAACUCUCCAUGGAGGCAGCAUGGGUCUCAAUGCCCCUUGAAGUCAAUGUGGUGUUCCCAUUAUAUCACUCAGACCCACACUCUCAUUUUAAUGCAAAGUAUGUCAGGCCUCACAAGAAAAUCUUCAGGUUUUGAGGGGACUUAGGUGGAUGUGAUUUUCGACAUGUAGUCAAAGGAAUAAAUUACACAAAAUCAAUCAUGUUUUCUUUACAUAGUCAAUAAGCAAUA